AUGAGUGAUGGAUUGAUGCGGCCGGUUCGGUUACCACCGGUUAUCUCGGAGGAUAAUGCAAUUGAUAUCUACGACGGAGAUACUUCGACGGAGGAGGAUUCACUGAUUUGGUCGGCGGAGUGUCGUAUUUGUCAGGAGGAAUCCGAUAUUAAGAAUCUCGAGAGCCCAUGCGCUUGCAAUGGCAGCUUAAAGUAUGCUCACAGGAAAUGUGUUCAACAUUGGUGCAAUGAGAAGGGAAACACUAUAUGCGAGAUCUGUCAUCAGCCAUACCAAUCUGGAUAUACCUCUCCACCACCUCAACUUCAGUCUGAAGAAACUACUAUUGACAUUGGUGGAGGAUGGACAAUCUCAGGUUUGGAUUUACAUGAUCCACGCCUCUUGGCGAUCGCAGAAGCUGAACGCCAGAUUUUAGAGUCGGAAUAUGAUGAUUACACAGCUCAAGAUACCAGUUUAGCUGCAUUUUUCCGCAUAUCUGCUCUUAUAAUGAUGACUCUUCUACUGCGAUACGCACUGACUAUUCCAGAUUAUGCAGAUGGUGAAGAUGAGGACCCUUCUUCAGUACUUUCUCUUUUCUUAUUCCGAGCUGUCAGUUUUCUCCUUCCUUGCUACAUCAUGGCAUCAGCCAUUAGUAUGUUGCAUCGGCGAAGGCAAAGACAGGAAGCAGCGGCUUUGGCCACCCGGUUUGCGUUGGUGCUCAGCUCACAUCAGCCUAGAGCUGUGAUUAAUUAUUUGUCGAUGGAGCCGUGA